AUGGCGCUGGCCCGGCCUGGGACCCGGGACCCCAGGCCCCCGGCCCCUCUCCUGCUGCUGCUGCUUGGGGGCUCUGCCCUCGCCCUCCCGGUCGGAACGGCGCCUUCGGACCCCCCGGGUGCCUGUGCCUCAGACCCAUGUGCUCCAGGGACCGAGUGCCAGGCUACAGAGAAUGGUGGCUAUACCUGUGGGCCCCUGGAGCCCCAGGGCUGCGCCAGUCAGCCGUGCCACCACGGUGCUCUGUGUGUGCCCCAGGCUCCAGACCCCAGUGGUUUCCGCUGCUACUGUGUGCCCGGGUUCCAGGGCCCACGCUGUGAGCUGGACAUCGAUGAGUGUGCGUCCCGGCCCUGCCACCAUGGGGCCACCUGCCACAACCUGGCCGAUCGCUACGAGUGCCACUGCCCCCUUGGCUAUGCAGGCGUGACCUGCGAGGCGGAGGUGGACGAGUGUGCUUCGGCACCCUGCCUGCACGGGGGCUCGUGCCUGGAUGGCUUGGGCUCCUACCGCUGCGUGUGCGCCCCGGGCUUCGGGGGCGCCAGCUGCCAGCUGGACCUGGACGAGUGCCAGAGCCAGCCGUGCGUGCACGGGGGCGUAUGCCACGACCUGGUCAACGGGUUCCGGUGCGACUGCGCGGACACGGGCUACGAGGGCGCGCGCUGCGAGCAGGAGGUGCUGGAAUGCGCGUCGACGCCCUGCGCGAACAACGCGUCCUGCCUCGAGGGCCUCGGGAGCUUCCGCUGCCUCUGCUGGCCAGGCUACAGCGGCGAGCGGUGCGAGGUGGAUGAGGAUGAAUGUGCAGUGGGCCCCUGUCAGCACGGGGGCCAGUGCCUGCAGCGCUCCGACCCAACCCUCUAUGGGGGCAUCCAGGCCGCCUUCCCAGGUGCCUUCAGCUUCCGCCAUGCCGCUGGCUUCCUGUGCCGCUGCCCUCCGGGCUUUGAGGGGGACGACUGCGGUGUGGACGUGGACGAGUGUGCCUCACGGCCAUGCCUCGGUGGAGGCCUCUGCCAGGACCUGCCCAAUGGCUUCCAGUGCCACUGUCCAGAUGGCUACACAGGCCUGACAUGUCAGGAAGAUGUGGACGAAUGCCUGUCAGAGCCCUGCCUCCAUGGCGGGACCUGCGAAGACACCGUGGCGGGCUACAUCUGUUGGUGCCCAGAGGCCUGGGGUGGACGUGACUGUUCCGUGCAGCUCACUGGCUGCCAGGGCCACACUUGUCCGCUGGCUGCCACCUGCAUCCCCACCUUCCAGUCAGGGGUCCACAGUUAUGCUUGCCGCUGCCCGCCUGGUACCCACGGACCUUUCUGUGGCCAGAAUACCACCUUCUCUGUUGUGGCUGGGAACCCUGUGCGGGCUUCGGUGCCAGCUGGUGGCUCCCUGAGUCUGGCACUGAGGUUUCGUACUACGAUACCUGCUGGUGCCUUGGCCACUCGCUCUGAUACUCAGGGCAGCUUGGAGCUGGCACUGGUGGAGGCCACGCUUCAGGCCACACUCUGGAGCCACGGCAACAAUGUGUGCAUCCUGAGGCUGCUGGACCUGCCCCUAAAUGACGGCCACUGGCACCGAGUGGAGGUGAUGCUCCGCCUUGGGGUCCUGGAGAUGCGGCUCUGGCACGAGGGCUGCCCUGCCCACCUCUGUGUGGCCUCCAGUCCUGUGGCCCCGCCUCCUACGGCUUCCCCGGCCCCGACGCCUGCUGGGUUCUGCUCCACGCAGCUGGGUGGCGUGGCCUUUACGGGCUGCCUCCAGGACGUGCACGUGGACGGGCACCUCCUGCUGCCUGAGGAUCUCGGCGAGAAUGUCCUCCUGGGCUGCGGGCGCCAGGAGCAGUGUCAGCCUCCGCCUUGUGCCCACGCAGGGGUCUGCGUGGACCUGUGGACUCACUUCCGUUGUGACUGCCCCCGGCCCUAUAGCGGUCCCACAUGUGCUGAUGAGGUUCCUGCUGCCACCUUUGGCUUGGGGGGCACCCUGAGCUCUGCCUCCUUCCUGCUCGACCAGCUGCCAGGCCCCAACCUCACCAUGUCCUUCCUCCUCCGCACCCGGGAACGUGCUGGCCUUCUGCUCCAACUUACCAACGAUUCAGUAGCUGGCCUGACAGUGUUCCUGCGCGAGGGCCAGAUCCGGGCUGAGGUGCUGGGCAGUCCUGCCCUGGUGCUUCCCGGGCGCUGGGAUGAUGGGCUCCGCCACCUGGUGACGCUCAGCUUUGGGCCUGAUCAGCUGCAGGGCUUGGGGCAGCAGGUGCACGUGGGCGGGAGGUUCCUCCCUGCUGACGCCCAGCCCUGGGGUGGGCCCUUCCGAGGCUGCAUUCAGGACCUGCGACUCAACAGCCUCCACCUCCCCUUCUUUCCACCGCUGCUGGAGAACUCCAGCCUGCCCAGUAUGCCAGGCAGCAGGCGGUCCUGGAACCUCACCAUGGGCUGUGUUUCCGAGGACACGUGCAGCCCUCAGCCCUGCCUCAAUGGUGGGACGUGCCUUGUCUCCUGGAAUGACUUCCACUGCACCUGCCCUGCUAACUUCACUGGGCCCACAUGUGCCCAGCAGCUGUGGUGUCCUGGCCAGCCCUGUCUCCCGCCUGCCACCUGUGAGGAGGUCCCUGAUGGCUUUGUCUGUGUGGCUGAGGCCACGUUCCGCGAGGGACCCCCGGCGGAAUUCAGCGGGCACAACGCGUCGUCCGGGCGCGCGCUCAGCGGCCUCUCUCUGGCCUUCCGCACGCGCGACCCCGAGGCCGGGCUGUUGCGCGCCGCGGACGCUCCCGACACAGUCUGGCUGGCCGUGCGCAACGGCUCGCUGGCGGCCGGCGUGCGCAGUGGCCCCGGCCUGCCCGGCGCGGUGCUGCCGGCGCCCGGGCCGCGCGUGGCCGACGGCGCCUGGCACCGCGUGCGCCUGGCCAUGGAGCGCCCCGCGGCCUCCGCGUCGCGCUGGCUGCUGUGGCUGGACGGCGCGGCGACGCCCGUGGCGCUGCGGGGCCUGGCCGGCGACCUGGACUUCCUGCGCGGCCCGGGUGGCGCGCGCGUCCUGCUGGCCGAGAACUUCACGGGCUGCCUGGGCCGCGUGGCGCUCGGCGGCCUCCCGCUGCCCCUGGCAGGCCCGCGGCCCGACGCGGCCCCCGGCUCCCGGGAGCCCUUCUCGGCCUGGCCUGGCGCGCCGGUUCCGCGCCUCGGCUGCCGCGGUGCGCCCGUGUGUGUCCCCUCGCCCUGCCUGCACGGCGGCGUCUGCCGCGACCUCUUCGACGCCUUCGCCUGCGCCUGCGGCCUGGGCUGGGAGGGUCCGCGCUGCGAGGCCCGCGCCGACCCGUGUCGCUCAGCGCCCUGUGCCCGCGGCCGCUGCCACGCGCGCCCAGAUGGCCGCUUCGAGUGCCGCUGCCCGCCUGGCUUCGCGGGCCCGCGCUGCCGGUUGCCUGUCCUGCCAGAGGAGUGCAGCCUGAAUGUCACCUGCCUCAAUGGUGGCCCAUGUGAGGGUGGGCCCCAGGGUGCCAACUGCAGCUGCCAGGAGAGCUUUGCUGGCCAGAGGUGUCACAUCCCCUGUGAAGCCAACCCCUGCUUGAAUGGAGGCACCUGCCGGACAGCUGGUGGGGUAUAUGAAUGUAUCUGCAGUGCAAGCUUCUCAGGCCAGUUCUGCGAAGUGGUGAAGGGCCUAUCGCUGCCGCUGCCGUUCCCGCUGCUGGAGGUUGCAGUGCCUGCGGCCUGUGCCUGCCUCCUCCUCCUCCUCUUGGGGCUCCUCUCAGGGAUCCUGGCGGCCAGAAAGCGCCGCCAGUCAGAGGGCACCUACAGCCCGAGCCAGCAGGAGGUGGCCGGAGCCCGGCUGGAGAUGGACAGUGUCCUCAAGGUGCCACCUGAGGAGAGACUCAUCUAGGCCCACCUGGC